UAAACUGAUGAGUAAGGAAAAUAACGACGCGGGGUGACGCCCGUGUCCUCGUAUACAUAACGAGAAGAAUUUUUGAAAGGGCAUAGGUCUGUCUGCUGAGGUGACUCGCUUACUUCGCGAGAUGCCUCGUGGAGCCAGGACCUUCCCCGAUCCUUCCACUGUUAAACACAAAAUAAUAUAGCCAACAGCGACAAAGUGCUGAGUGGUGGAAUAGGAAUGUCACUGUGUGUAUACUAAAUGAAACUGGUAUGGAAGAUUAAACUAUCAUUUGUAUCAGUUAUAAUAUAAUGUGUCGUUGAUAACGUAACAUAAUAUUAACAAUAUGUGUACAUAAGUAACUUACACACCUAUUAUACAUAUAUUCAAGGAGUGUUUUUUGUUGUUGUUACUGGGCAGAAAAACUAUUUGAGGCUUGAAAUAUCAAUUAGAUCACAUUGUCGAGGCCCGGAAACCCAUUUCAUAUGUAGUUUAAACGAAUUGUCCUAAAUAUAAUAUAUUGGGCCUUAGUGUGUGCAUUUUGUUUUGCUUUGUUUAUAAUUAUUUAUUUUUUACGAAUGUUAUGGUAUUGUGAGAUCGGUCGCGCAGUACUGAACACUCAAAGUCCCAGGAUGCAGUUGGGCAAGCGCAGAUCCAACCUGCCGGGUCUGUGAUCCUCGAGCUUUUCAUCACCGCUGCCUCACGUCGCUUGUCUCUCGGACCCGCUGAAGGAGAAAUGGCUGCAGCUCUGUCCCGUGCCCUCAAAUUACCGGGGAAGAAGGGCUCGGAGCUCGGCGAGUACGACCCUCUCACUCAGGCAGACAGUGAGGACGAGAGCGAAGAGGAUGACCUCGUGCUCAACUACCCCCGAAACGGCCUCGGCCGAGACGGCUGCCUCAGCUCGGGCUCCUCGAAGUCGCGGGGCGGCCGAUCUGGAAGACUUGUGGGGGCCGACGACGAAGCGCAGGAGGACGAGGAGGAGGAAGAGGAUGAGGACGAAUGGAGAGAACGUCUCCCCAACAAAUCCAGGCAGGACCGAGACGACGCAAAGGGCACGCAGUACUGGAGCCACAGGGACUCGGGCAGGGACCGAGGCGGAGAGGACAGAGGUGGCCCGGGCGGUUUGGGGGGAUCUGGUUUGGGGGUCCAUGGCGCCGACGCAGAGAAAAAGAGGCUGAGGAUGAAGAACGCAGUCCGAAGUGCGUUCUUCCUGGUGCCGCUGGUGUGCGCCGCGCUGCUCGUGCUGCUGUGUGCGUUUCUGAUUCCCUGCCAGAAGGGAGAACUGGGAAAGAGGCCGCAGUGGGAGAGAGCGCUGGGAGACGCGGGAGGUGUCUCACCACCCGCGCUGGCGCUGUGGGACGUCGAUGGCGACUCAGUGGAGGACGUGUUCCUGGGCGUUACCGAAUGGACCAACGACACGCAUCCCAGAAACAAGAUUUACAGCGCGGUGGCCCUGUCUGCGGUCAGUGGCCAGGUGCUGUGGAGGAAAGUCAUGCGGGAGUCCGUGAUGUACAUCCAGUGUGGCCUGCAGGACAUCACCCAGACGCCCCCCGUGGUCCUCCUCAUCGGGAAGUCCAUCCUUGUGGCGGUCAACGGCACCACAGGGAUGACCUUGUGGUCGGUCCCACUGAAGAACAUUGAAUCCCAGGCGGUGUUACUUCCAGACCUCCAGGGCGACUCAUUCCCAGAUCUGCUGAUAGCCACCCUGCCUGCGGACGAGUUGUUGGAUCUCUCCCUGACGUUGUUCUCCGGGCGGACGGGGGCGAAGCUCGGACACCCCGUGCCUUUCAACCUCACUGGUCAAGGAAAGCUGAUCGGUCCUUUGCUGCAUGAGACACAGCAGGGGGCUUACUACAUCCUCUUCGGACUGGGUAAUGUAGAGGCCAUCUCCCUGCAUGAUAUCUACAUUCGAGCCAUUGGUACGAUGCCCAUAACUCAGGCACUCAGAAGGAAGGAUCCAGGGUGGGAGGGACUCAAGAAAACCAACUCCACCUCCUUCAUACACAUUUACAGGGGAUCUGAGCGAGUGCAGUUCCUGCUCCCUCUUGUGGCCGGCUUGGACAACAACCACAACAGCCUGGACACGGUUUCUAACCUCAACUCCACCAAGAGUGACUGGGUGCUGGUGUAUGGCUCCAGCAAGCUGUCGGUGCUCCGACAGAGAGACCUGCGGAAAGACUGGACCUUCAACACGGGGCUCAUUCGCAACCAACCGGUCCCAGGACACUUCAACGAUGACGGAAUCCUGGAUCUUUUCGUUCAGAAUUCAGCGUACGGCGUCAUGAAGGCGAUGGUUGUUGACGGCGCAAAUGGACAUCUUCUCUGGUCGGCAGAGUUUGUGUGUCCCCAUCUGGUUUUGGAAACCUCCGCAAUCUCCACCUCCACUGGCCAGUCAGCGUUCCUCUUCUGGGCCAGCGAUCCAAUCAAAGCGCAGAAGAAUGUUACCGAGGCAACUGUGUCACCGGGCGUCGCUGCAGCGGAGCCGCUCAUCAGAAAACUCUUCCUGUUGCACCCUGCGCACCCCACAGUCCUGCUGGAGCUCACCAGCACCACGGACACGGCCGUCACCUCCGCAGUGAGUUAUCAGGCGUGCCAGAAGGACGCCUCCUACAUCACCGUGUCCUCCCGACCCACGUCCGACUCGGAGCCGGGUGCCCGCAUCGUCAAGAGCAUCAGCCUCAGAGCUGCGAUCGCCAAGGGGCGAAUUGUCCGACUGGAGGAGGGCAACAAGCCCGGGGGACCCGUCAAACCUGGCGUGUUCGAGGUCAACAAGUUCUUCAGGGGGUUGUCCUUUAAGAACCAAUGAGGAGCCGCCGAAAGGGGACCUGCAUGGAGGGGACACUGGGAAGUCGUCCGGAGCUGUAUACACAUCUUGUUUGGUUCACCGAGUAUGGAUUGUUGACUUCUAUUACCUGAGAUUGCUUUGGUUUACAAUAUGUUUGUACAGUGCUUAUUUAAUUUAUUUAUCUUGCAUUUUUUGGACUUGAUGCAAAGAAGAGUAACUUUAUGCAUUGUUUUAUUCCUAACAGUGAAGCACAACACUCCUGGAAAUGUGUUUACAGUAUGCAGCACUCAACUCUUCCAUGGCCAGUAUGUUUGCGCAGCUUCAUUUAGUUAUCAAUAGUGUUCCUUCGGCAAGCUCACAGUAUAGGGAGACUGUAAAUAUGUAAUGCUGUGUACAGUAUUUAUUGAAUUGUUUCAAUGUUGUGAAAUAUUUUAUGGUUAUAUAAUCAUGCCCCCCCUCGCCCUCCACUCAGAAUAUGUGACUGCUCAAGAUUAUUAUUAUUUAAAUGUAAGCUGCAACUUCACAUAUCGCCAGUGAAAGUAUGAAUAGCAAUUCUUACUGCA